GUCCCAUGGGUUUCCUUUCUUUCGGAUUUGGUGGCCCCGCUUUACACCUGCGGAAUCGACACGGGACUCGUCGUAGACGUCGGGUUCACUAGCUGCCGCGCACAACCCACUUGCUUCGGGUCCCCGCUGCCUUGCGCCCUCCGCGUGUCGAACGGCGGCGCUGCUGCUGUGCUGCUGCAGCUGCAGCAAAGCCUCAUAGCAGCAGCAGCAACUCAGGCUCAGAGAAGAGCACUGACGAACAUGAGUCUCGAAGACUUGGAGGACAUGGCAGUAAAAGUCCUGUAUGUCCGAUUCGACCUCAGAGACUCUCAGCAGCAGCAGCAGCAGGAGGAGCAGCAGCAGCAGCAGCAGGAGAAGCAGCAGGAGCAGCAGCAGGAGAAGCAGCAGGAGCAGCAGCAGCAGCAGCAGCAAAAGAAGAAACAGUUAACUUUCGAGUCGGCUGAAUCGCUAGAUUACAUAGCGAAAGAUGGCACAAGAAUUACUGUGCCAGCAGCUCUCAGGUGGCAGUGCACGGAGUUUCUCUUUAGAUCUGUUCCUCCUAGUGAGAUGGCAGCAGACGUGGGAGAGAGCCUUGUAGAACUGGUCAUUAGCUCGCUGCGCAGCUGCCCUUCUGAAGCUCGGCGAUUAGCUAUUCAAAACAUUUUGCUGUGCGGGGGCAUGGCCUCUUUGAGGGGUUUCAGCACAAGGUUUUCCAAAGACUUGUUCACUGCGCUGCAGCAGGAGCCAGACUUGAAGCCUCUUGCUGCCACCGCAUCUCUGGGGCUGCCCCCAAGUCCUCCAAGCAUUCGCCAGUGGUGUGGGGGGUCGAUGCAUGCAACGCUGCACGGACUGCAGGUGUACACCCAGUCCGACUGGCUGGCCGGCGUGCCGCUGCCGGACUGGGCCUCCGUUGCAACAGCAGCAGCAGCACAAGACAAUGCUUCUGCUGCUGAGCUGCAGCAGCAGUCAGUCUCCUCCACAAGCAGGACAUCCCCUCUAGACAGUCUGCAGCAGCAGCAGCAGCGCAGCAGCGAGGGGAGCAGCAGCAGGGCUUCGGCGCCGCAGGACAGCAGCAGAGAAGGCUCGCCCCGAUAUCAGCAGCAGCAGCAGCAGCAGCAGCAGCAAGAGGAGCAGCAGCAGCAGCUGCAGACACAAACAACUUUCAUUCCCAGGUUGCAGCUGCACACUGCUUCCAGGGAUCCCCACAUUCCCAAGCCUCCCCCGCCUCGCCGCGUGGGCAGCAGCAGCAGCAGCAGCAGCAGCAGCAUCAGCAGCAGCAGCAUCAGCAGCAACAGAAGCAACAGCGGCCCUGAGGUGGAGUCUGUCGAAUGA